CAUUAGAAGUACCAAGAUGCAAAAACCAAAGUUUGAAAAUAAAAGAGACUAAAGUAGAAUGUCACUAAGAAAGGCCAGCCAAGGUUUAUCCGUUCUAUAUCCUCCUUUGCUCUUCAUUGGAUCGCUCAAAUGGCAAUGGCUUCAGCUCUGGCCGUCAAUGGACUGAAAUUGGCUACGACUUCUCAAGCUUAUCUGGAGAGCAAGGCUGCAAACGACACCAAGGCUCUAUUAUCGGAGCUCUCCCGCCAAUUUGACGGCCUUAGAUGGGUCUCCGGCACCGGCGGCAGCAUUGCGAUCACGGUUCACGACUACUCCAUUCCCAAGAGACGACGGCUAAUCGCUAUGUCGCCUUCUGGUGUUAAGAAGGAGAGAAUGCUACGUGAGGACACCUGCAAGUUAUCUUAUGCUGGGUCAAUCUUAUAUUCACCACCUCCAAAACCAUUUUCAUACGAACUCCCAAACUGUUUUGAUUGUGGACCACUUUUUAUGAAGGGUCGGAUUGGGAGCAUCAAAGGAAUUUCAAGCAACAUUUCUGUGAAGGCUGGGGUCCAGGGUUUAGAUAAUAAAAAUGAAUCAUUGCCACGUUGCAUAGUUCUUGAUAUCGAAGGGACUACUACUCCAAUAUCUUUUGUUACUGAUGUCCUCUUUCCAUAUGCUCGUGAUAAUGUUGGAAAGCAUUUGAUUUUAACAUAUGAAACUGCAGAAACUCGAGAUGACAUUAAGUUGUUGCGUUCACAAGUUGAAGAAGACUUGGAGAAAGGAGUUGCUGGAGCUGUGCCUAUUCCUCCUGAUAAUGCUGGGAAAGAGGAAGUCAUUGCAGCAUUGGUUGCUAAUGUUGAAGCAAUGAUAAAGGCUGACCGCAAGAUAACUGCCUUGAAACAAUUGCAAGGUCAUAUAUGGAGAACAGGAUUUUCAGGCAAUGAAUUGGAGGGAGUGGUUUUUGACGACGUGCCAGAGGCGCUUGAGAGAUGGCAUGCUUCUGGCAUUAAGGUCUACAUAUACUCGAGCGGCAGCAGGUUGGCACAAAGGCUUAUAUUUGGGAAGACUAAUUAUGGUGAUCUAAGAAAAUACUUAUCAGGAUUCUUUGACACUGCUGUGGGGAACAAAAGAGAAAUAAGCAGUUAUGUUGAGAUUUCGGAGUCUGUCGGAGUUGAUACGCCAUCAGAGAUAUUGUUCAUCACAGAUGUCUGUCAGGAAGCUGUAGCAGCAAAAGCAGCAGGGCUGCAGGUGGCGAUCUCAAUCCGGCCAGGAAAUGGUCCACUGCCUGAUAAUCACGGCUUCCAGACAAUCACUUCCUUCUCUGAAAUCUGAAAUGAGAAACUACAUUUUGUAAUUACAUCCAAAGAAACCUGCAAAUGAUCAAUUACAUCACAGCUUGACAACUUCACCCUGAAAGACUGUUCCGUUCAGAGAGUUUCCCCCAUUUUCUCCCUCAGCCAUUGUUGUUUAAAGUUUGAACUGAAGAAAUGUUUUUUGUAUGUACAAUAGUGGUUGUACUUAAUCUUGUCUAGGGCAAGCCUAUGUAACAAAACUCGGAUCAAAAUGCCAGUUUUUCACUUUUGAAGUGUUGUAAGUAAAGCAAAUAACAGAUACUAUGGCCCAUUUUAGCAUUGAUUC